UCAAUAAUGACGGAGCUAACGGUGGGCGAUGUUAGAGAUUUAGAAGCUGUUGAUAUUUUCCUAUUCUCUAAUGGUGAUCAUAGCACACCCCCAAGGAAGUACCAUCUGAAUACAGAUGCAUUUCUGAUGUGGGAUGACACCCUAAAAAGCUUAGGGCGCUCACAUUUCGGAGUUGAUGAUACUGUUAUAGACAUUUAUACUAUUAGUGGACAUAAAAUUGACGAUCCUUCUCAAUUGAUCCAUCAAGCGGCGUACGUGGCCGUCAAACCUCCCGCGCCUUUUAUCCAAACUGGAUAUGAAAACUAUCUAAUAAGAGCCACUAGAUCGUGGGAAAAGAGGUUAUUAAAAAUAUCAAAUAGCAUGGACUCAUCAACAAAAGGUAACACUGAAAGUCUUACAAUAAAAUCACAAGUAAAUAAUGAAAAUUAUGGUCAUAAAAAUAAGAAAGAAGUUCCAAACCCAGCAGUUGUAGAUAAACUCAAAAGAAGUCUAAUAAAACCUUACAUUGUUAAUAUAAAACCACCCCAAGGUCGAGAAAAAAUAAGUAAGAGCCCUGAUCUAAAACAUAUCCAAAGAAAGAAAAUUCCACAAAUCGCACUUCGACAGAAAAGAAGUCCUUUAAAAAUAACAGCAGCAUCCAAAAAAGUGCUGAUGAAGACAAAGGGAGAUUUUCAUAAGAAACUACCUGAUUUAAAGAAAUUGGUUUUAGCACAUUCUAAAGAAAAAGAUUUAAAUAACAGUAUUAAAGAUAAUCAAGACAACCAGAUUUUUCCAUCGAAUAAUAUUACAAGCUUUAAUGUUGUUGAAAAUGUAAUUAAAAGUGCCAAUCGCUCUGCUGAAAAAAUAAGUUCAGCAAAAGUAAACUAUCAAAAUGUAGAUAAUCAAAAAAAUAAUAACUCUGUAGUAAAUGAUGCGAAUGCAGAAAUGAUGUGCUAA